AUGCAUGGGCCCGUUCAAAUUCCUCAUGAGUUCUGUGCACAUGUGAGGCAUGGGGAGAGGGCAGGGCGGCUCCCUCCCUCUUCGGUGGCCCUGUGCUGCUCUGAGGAACGCCCAUCAUCAUCAUCACCACCACUUGCAUCACUUCUCUCCUUCUCCUCCUCAUGCCACUCCCCCUCCUCCAUCUCCUCACUCCCCUCCUCGCCACCCUUGCCUAGCCUCUGCGCCCCAUCAACCACUCCUCCCUCCCUUCCCAAUCCGCCCUGCCUUCCCACUCCUCCCUCUCUUUCCACCCCUCGCUCCCCCUCUGCCCCAGUCAGCCUCGCUGCCCCUUCUUCUCCUCCUCUCCCUUUCCUCUCUGCAUCCCCCACGAUGUCUCCUCCUUUUCGCUCUGUCUCUCCCCUCGUCCCCGUCACUCCCUCGUCUCUUCGCCUGACACCAUCCCUCCCUCGCUCGCCCAGUUGCCUCCUGGCCUCAGCCACAGCAGCCGCAACGCCACCUUCCCCUAUCUCACUCAACCGCGACACACCACGUGCCCUUGCGCUGCCUUCACCGCUCAUCAAAGUGCUUGCCCUGCCGUCACUGCUCCUCUCACUGGUUGCCACCCCUCUACACCGCACAGAACCGCCAUCCGUUUUUUCAGCCUCACUCUCUCGCUCCUCUCCGCCCUCUCCGCCCUCUAUGCCCUCUCUUCCCUCUCUCACCUCUCUGCCCUCUCCGCCCUCUUCGCCGUGCCCUGCUCCAUCUGCUAUGGCCCUGGACUCUCCUUCUGCCCUCCCUGCCACCCCUCUCUCCACUCCCAACCUCUUGCCUGCAUUAUCCCAAAGUUGCACUUCCUCCCCUCCUCCUCCUCCUCCUCCCACCACUCCUUCCAUCCCAUCUCGCCUCUCCUCCCCUGCCACCUCUUCCCCUCUGCCUGUCUCUUGCAUCUCGUGUCUAUUCUCUCUCCAUUCCACCUCGUGCCCAACCUUCUCACUCUCUACCUCAUGCCCUAUCUUCUCACUCUCUGCCUCAUGCCCUAUCUUCUCACUCUCUACCUCAUGCCCAACCUUCUCACUCUCUACCUCAUGCCCAACCUUCUCACUCUCUACCUCGUGCCCUAUCUUCUUGCUUCCCACCUCCUGCCCGGCCUCACCCCUUUGCAUUUCCCCGUCCACCCUCUCCUCCCCCCCUCCCACUUUCUGCUCCUCCUCUUCCCCUCCCAUUCUAUACUCCUCCUCCUCUCCUCCCAUUCUAUGCUCCUCCACCCCCCCUCCCAUUCUAUGCUCCCCCUCCCCCCCUCCCACCCAAUGCUCCUCCUCCUCCCCUCCAUUCAUUUGCUCCUCUCCCUCCUUUCCAUUCCUUUGCUCCUCUCCCUCCUUUCCAUUCCUUUGCUCCUCUCCCUCCUUUCCAUUCCUUUGCUCCUCUCCCUCCUUUCCAUUCCUUUGCUCCUCUCCCUCCUUUCCAUUCCUUUGCUCCUCUCCCUCCUUUCCAUUCCUUUGCUCCUCUCCCUCCUUUCCAUUCCUUUGCUCCUCUCCCUCCUUUCCAUUCCUUUGCUCCUCUCCCUCCUUUCCAUUCCUUUGCUCCUCUCCCUCCUUUCCAUUCCUUUGCUCCUCUCCCUCCUUUCCAUUCCUUUGCUCCUCUCCCUCCUUUCCAUUCCUUUGCUCCUCUCCCUCCUUUCCAUUCCUUUGCUCCUCUCCCUCCUUUCCAUUCCUUUGCUCCUCUCCCUCCUUUCCAUUCCUUUCCUUUGCUCCUCUCCCUCCUUUCCAUUCCUUUGCUCCUCUCCCUCCUUUCCAUUCCUUUGCUCCUCUCCCUCCUUUCCAUUCCUUUGCUCCUCUCCCUCCUUUCCAUUCCUUUGCUCCUCUCCCUCCUUUCCAUUCCUUUGCUCCUCUCCCUCCUUUCCAUUCCUUUGCUCCUCUCCCUCCUUUCCAUUCCUUUGCUCCUCUCCCUCCUUUCCAUUCCUUUGCUCCUCUCCCUCCUUUCCAUUCCUUUGCUCCUCUCCCUCCUUUCCAUUCCUUUGCUCCUCUCCCUCCUUUCCAUUCCUUUGCUCCUCUCCCUCCUUUCCAUUCCUUUGCUCCUCUCCCUCCUUUCCAUUCCUUUGCUCCUCUCCCUCCUUUCCAUUCCUUUGCUCCUCUCCCUCCUUUCCAUUCCUUUGCUCCUCUCCCUCCUUUCCAUUCCUUUGCUCCUCUCCCUCCUUUCCAUUCCUUUGCUCCUCUCCCUCCUUUCCAUUCCUUUGCUCCUCUCCCUCCUUUCCAUUCCUUUGCUCCUCUCCCUCCUUUCCAUUCCUUUGCUCCUCUCCCUCCUUUCCAUUCCUUUGCUCCUCUCCCUCCUUUCCAUUCCUUUGCUCCUCUCCCUCCUUUCCAUUCCUUUGCUCCUCUCCCUCCUUUCCAUUCCUUUGCUCCUCUCCCUCCUUUCCAUUCCUUUGCUCCUCUCCCUCCUUUCCAUUCCUUUGCUCCUCUCCCUCCUUUCCAUUCCUUUGCUCCUCUCCCUCCUUUCCAUUCCUUUGCUCCUCUCCCUCCUUUCCAUUCCUUUGCUCCUCUCCCUCCUUUCCAUUCCUUUGCUCCUCUCCCUCCUUUCCAUUCCUUUGCUCCUCUCCCUCCUUUCCAUUCCUUUGCUCCUCUCCCUCCUUUCCAUUCCUUUGCUCCUCUCCCUCCUUUCCAUUCCUUUGCUCCUCUCCCUCCUUUCCAUUCCUUUGCUCCUCUCCCUCCUUUCCAUUCCUUUGCUCCUCUCCCUCCUUUCCAUUCCUUUGCUCCUCUCCCUCCUUUCCAUUCCUUUGCUCCUCUCCCUCCUUUCCAUUCCUUUGCUCCUCUCCCUCCUUUCCAUUCCUUUGCUCCUCUCCCUCCUUUCCAUUCCUUUGCUCCUCUCCCUCCUUUCCAUUCCUUUGCUCCUCUCCCUCCUUUCCAUUCCUUUGCUCCUCUCCCUCCUUUCCAUUCCUUUGCUCCUCUCCCUCCUUUCCAUUCCUUUGCUCCUCUCCCUCCUUUCCAUUCCUUUGCUCCUCUCCCUCCUUUCCAUUCCUUUGCUCCUCUCCCUCCUUUCCAUUCCUUUGCUCCUCUCCCUCCUUUCCAUUCCUUUGCUCCUCUCCCUCCUUUCCAUUCCUUUGCUCCUCUCCCUCCUUUCCAUUCCUUUGCUCCUCUCCCUCCUUUCCAUUCCUUUGCUCCUCUCCCUCCUUUCCAUUCCUUUGCUCCUCUCCCUCCUUUCCAUUCCUUUGCUCCUCUCCCUCCUUUCCAUUCCUUUGCUCCUCUCCCUCCUUUCCAUUCCUUUGCUCCUCUCCCUCCUUUCCAUUCCUUUGCUCCUCUCCCUCCUUUCCAUUCCUUUGCUCCUCUCCCUCCUUUCCAUUCCUUUGCUCCUCUCCCUCCUUUCCAUUCCUUUGCUCCUCUCCCUCCUUUCCAUUCCUUUGCUCCUCUCCCUCCUUUCCAUUCCUUUGCUCCUCUCCCUCCUUUCCAUUCCUUUGCUCCUCUCCCUCCUUUCCAUUCCUUUGCUCCUCUCCCUCCUUUCCAUUCCUUUGCUCCUCUCCCUCCUUUCCAUUCCUUUGCUCCUCUCCCUCCUUUCCAUUCCUUUGCUCCUCUCCCUCCUUUCCAUUCCUUUGCUCCUCUCCCUCCUUUCCAUUCCUUUGCUCCUCUCCCUCCUUUCCAUUCCUUUGCUCCUCUCCCUCCUUUCCAUUCCUUUGCUCCUCUCCCUCCUUUCCAUUCCUUUGCUCCUCUCCCUCCUUUCCAUUCCUUUGCUCCUCUCCCUCCUUUCCAUUCCUUUGCUCCUCUCCCUCCUUUCCAUUCCUUUGCUCCUCUCCCUCCUUUCCAUUCCUUUGCUCCUCUCCCUCCUUUCCAUUCCUUUGCUCCUCUCCCUCCUUUCCAUUCCUUUGCUCCUCUCCCUCCUUUCCAUUCCUUUGCUCCUCCUCCUCCCCUCCAAUCCCAUACCCCUCCUCCUCCCCUCUAA